GAUCGUCUUACAUACAAGAGAAAUUAUAGCCAGAAUCAAUUUCAAUACGUAGCGUGGGCGUGGAGGAGCUAAUCCGGGCAGAAAUCGUGAUGGAUUCUUCAACGUCCAUGUGUAAUUUGACUGAGGUGUUCUAUUUUUCUUCUGGAAACCCUCGCAUCGAAGAAACUAGAGGCGUCAUGCAUCUCUUCUCCAACGAUGUUGCUUCUCAGUUACCUGUGGAAAGAAAACCUCUCCUCUGUGUUCUAUGUGUUCCGAAUCACAUGACAUAUUCAGACUUUUGUCAGUUUUGUGGUUCAUUUGUUCAACAUAUGUUGGAAAUGCGAAUUGUCAGGAAUGAUGGUAUGGAAGAUUGUUACAGUAUAUUGAUCAGGUUUGAUGAGCAGAAAGCUGCAGAUACUUUUCACAAGCAUUUUAGUGGUAGAAGAUUUUCAUCUCUUGAGGAGGAGACGUGCGAUGUGCUAUUUGCUGCUGAUGUGCAUUACACCGGUUCAAUUGAGCACACACAGUCAUUACCUGCAAGCUCUACAGAGCAACCAUUCUGUCCUGUUUGUCUUGAGAGAUUGGACCAGGAUACAAGUGGAAUUCUCACAACCAUUUGUAAUCAUUCCUUUCAUUGUUCAUGUAUUUCAAAAUGGACAGAUUCUUCAUGCCCCGUAUGCCGAUAUUGUCAGCAGCAGCCUGGAAACUCAACAUGUUCUAUCUGUCAAUCACCAGAAAAUCUAUGGAUGUGUGUUAUUUGUGGUUUUGUUGGGUGUGGAAGAUAUAAAGAGGCUCAUGCUACAAGGCAUUGGAAGGAGACACAACAUUGCUAUGCACUUGAAUUAGAAACACGGCGAGUCUGGGACUACGCAGGGGAUAACUAUGUUCACCGUUUGAUUCAGUCUAAAACUGAUGGGAAGCUGGUUGAGCUCAACCACCAUGGUCAUCAUGAUAGUGAUGGCUGCUGCAGCUGCGAAUGUGGUACAGAUCCUGGGUUCAGCGAGACUAUUUUAAACAGCAAAGUUGAAGCUAUUGUGAACGAGUACAAUGAUCUCCUGACUUCCCAACUGGAGGAUCAAAAAAUGUACUUUGAGUCCUUAUUGCAAGAGGUUGAAGAAGAAAUUGAAAGGGAAACUAAGGAAGCUGUUGAGAAAGCUCUAUGCCAGAAUCCAAGGUUAAUGAAGCUAAAAGUUCGUUUGGACAAAUGCGUUGAAGAGAAGAAAUUCCAUGAUGACAUCAAUGACAAUCUUACAAGGAACAAGGAGAUAUGGGAAGCCAAGAUAUUGGAAAUUGAAGAAAGGGAGAAGAAGGCUUUGAAAAUGAAGGAUGAGGAGAUAUCCGAAUUGGAGGAACAGAUUGCCACUUUGAUGGAGUCCAUCGAUACAUAGAAUGAAUUUAAAGGGAUGUCAUAGCAAAUCAUGAAAUGAAGAACGAGAUAACCUUAAAUAUCAAACAAUUCCAUCGGAUUGACAGCCUACCUGGAGUGUAGAUGCAUCUGCAAAGCGCAGUGACAAAGAGACCUUGAAGUCGAGUGUCAAGGAAAACAGCCUGGGAUCUUACACCAGUAUUGAUCAAAGUGCAAAAGUGAAAAUACAUUUUCCCUCCUCCACAGUACAAUAUUACUAGUCUAUAGAGUAACCUUGUGUAAAUUGUUUUGACAGUGCUUCAAACAACUAUAAACUUUAUUGCAAACAAAAGAUGAAUCAUAAUGCUGCAAUGUGAAAUUUACUUUUAGUAGGACAGUA